AGUUUACCACAACUGUAUAUUGGAACUUUCCUGUACUAAUUAUUUGCAAUGCGACGAAAGUAUUUUUGAUUAUAAUUUGAAAAAAGAUAUGAAUGGUUUUAUAAUUUUGAUCGAGAAAUAUUCUUAUUUCAAUUUAUACUUAAUAUUAACAGUGAAACGUUGGUAUUAAUUUCAGUUGGUGUGACUGCGUUGUACCCACUGUCAUAAACGUCAAAAUAAUGAGAUGGUCUUUAUAUUAAAGUGUAUAUCAUUAAAAUAAUUAACAAAUUGACAAAAACUGUAUAAUAUUAUUGAGUUUUUAUAAGUUCUAAAAUGUUACUUUUACAAAUUUGAGUCGAUUAACGAGGAUAAUAUGUGAUAUUUAAGUGUUUAUUAGUGACGUAUGAAAAUGAAAGAAACAUGAUACAAAUUUUACAAAUGUUUUUAUUUUUAUUUAAAUCUAAGUAUCGGCGAAAAUUUCGUUUAAUAAACUUUUCGAUUUAUUGUGUAUUCAUUUUCGGUGCUUUAUCUUUAGUUUCUAAUGUGUCUGCUAAAUGUAGCGACCCUACCUGCAAUGGUAAUGGAAUCUGCACAAACAAUACUUGUGUUUGUAAUGAUGGGUGGCAGGGUUCCGAAUGCCAAUUUUGCGGUGGAAAAGUCAGACUUGCUAGUCCAACUGGCACGAUCCAUGACGGCCUGGGGAAUUACUCCCUAACGAGCAAAUGUAGCUGGUUGAUAGAUGCCCCAAAUUCGACGAUUACGCUUCACAUUAAAGAAUUUGCAACUGAAUGCGGUUGGGACCAUUUGUACGUAUACGAUGGUGAUAGUGUAGACUCACCGUUGCUUGCAGUAUUUAGUGGACUGAUGUAUAAAGAUGCGUAUAGUAUUAGGCGGAUACCAGAAGUGAUAGCGCAAUCUGGUGCGGCACUUAUACACUUUUUCAGUGACGACGCUUAUAAUAUGUCGGGGUUUAACGUUACCUAUAGACUAAAUUCUUGUCCAUCGACGGUUGCUGGUAUCAACUGUUCCGGUCAUGGUAUCUGCAUAGAUGGACAGUGCACUUGCGACGGUUAUUGGACCGGCGCUGCUUGUCAUCUAGAAAAAUGUCCGAAUGAUUGCGGAGCUUUCGAAGAAAGAGGUGUCUGUGAACCGGAAAACGGUUGCGCUUGUAUAGGAAAUUACAGAGGAACUGAUUGUAGUCAGCUAGCUAGCGAAGGGUUUUGGGAAACUGUCACCGUUCCGGGUUUCACACCCAACGGGUCGGCUUCCCACGGUGCCGUCGUGUGGAAGGAUUCCAUGUAUAUCGUCGCCGGUGAAAGCUAUAACAAAGGAAAUCUCUUAUCUGUGUACGAUUUUAAUGGCAAUGUUUGGGAGACUCUGCAUAUAUCCGAGAGUCCUUCGAUGAGGUACGGUCAUUCCACCGUCCUGUACGGCGAUAAAAUAUUCCUGUACGGCGGCGUGGACGGCAACAGAGGUCCGACGUCGGAACUGUGGGCUUUCGAUAUAAGUGCCAAAACGUGGGAAAACAUAACCGUCAAAGCCGAUUCCUGUAACGACAGUUACAUAAUGUGCGGCCCGUUAAAAUCGGCCGGUCACACGGCGACGGUGGUAGCUAAAAACACAACCACCAAAGUAGACAGAAUGAUCGUUAUAUUCGGCCAUUCGCCUCGAUUGGGUUAUUUGAAUACCGUUCAAGAAUAUUAUUUCGGUACGCGCGAAUGGCACAUUGUCAACACUCAAGGUUAUCCGGUGAAAGGCGGUUACGGACACACCGCCAGUUGGGAUCCCCUCACCAAUAAAAUAUACGUGUACGGCGGCGUCGUUUCCGAAAGCGAAUCCUCGCAAUAUUUAAGCAAAAAUUUGUAUUCCUACGAACCGAACGCCAGAUUAUGGACGCUUUUGGCCGACGCCCCUUCCGCCAGAUUCCUACACACCGCCACCUUCGUUUCCGAUAGUUUGAUGUUAGUUUUCGCCGGUAAUACGCACAACGAUACGUCGCACAGUUUCGGCGCCAAAUGUUACAGCAAAGAAUUAUUGGCUUACGACGUUUUGUGCGACAGUUGGUACGCAAUGAACGUACCCGACGAUCUCCGAACCGAUUCGGCUCGUUUCGGUCAUUCGGCGGUCGUUUUCGAGGGUUCCCUGUAUAUAUACGGCGGAUUCGACGGGCAAAUGUUGUCGGACACGUUGAAAUAUACGCCGGGCGAUUGUAAUUACGGUAACGAAUCAUCUUGUUUGAAUAGCAAAUCGGGUUUGAAGUGCGUCUGGGAUUCGAAAUCGGGCGUUUGCAGUCCGGCGAGGCGCGUACCUAAAGAUAUGAUUUUCAAAAGGGAAGAUAGUACGGUUAUCAAGUGUCCGAAGUUGAAUAGAUCGGCGGCCACAUCGGCGAUGAUUAAAAACGAAAAAUUGUGCGAAGAAAUCGACGAUUGUUUGAGUUGCGUCCAUACUACGAUCGGUUGCGUUUGGUGCGACAACGAAUGUAUACAUUUACCCAAAAAGUGCACUACCAACGGUACGGAUUCCAUAACGAAAUCGACGUCGUGUCCGUCUCCGGAUCCGGCGCCGAUUUGUCGACAAUUGCACACUUGCAAAGCUUGUACUUCCCAACCGUCGUGUAGAUGGCGUUUCGAGCACGCCAAAUGCGUGCCGCACGCUCAUUCUAAUAAUACCAGUUCCGCGGAAGCCGUCGAACAAAAUCAAUGUCCGAGCGUCUGUUCCGAAUAUAAUUCUUGUUUGAAUUGUACCCAAGAGGAGUGUAUUUGGUGUCAGAACGAAGGAAGGUGCGUAGAUAAGAACGCAUAUACGUCCAGUUUCCCUUACGGACAGUGCAGAGAAUGGACUACCGUGCAAAAUAAAUGCAGAAUGAGAGGUAGCGAUGAAAAUUCGCAAUGCGGCUUCUAUAAGACUUGCGCCAAAUGUCGAGAUGAUCCGGCUUGCGGUUGGUGCGACGACGGAUCCAGAACCGGACUCGGAACCUGUAUACCGGGCGGUUAUACAGGUCCAACCUUACAUACUCAAUCUCUACAUUUUUCUACGUGUCCACCAGAACGUUGGCACUUUACGAAUUGUCCUGAAUGUCAAUGUAACGGGCACGCUAGUUGUAAAGAAAACACGAGCAUAUGCAUAAAUUGUAGUAAUUUAACGACAGGUGGACAUUGCGAGCAUUGUAUAAAAGGUUAUUGGGGAAAUCCAGUAAACGGGGGGAAAUGUGCGCCGUGUCAGUGUAACAAACAAGCAGACGACUGUCAUAGAGAGACCGGAAAAUGUUAUUGUACAACAAAGGGUAUUAUAGGCGAUCAAUGCGAAAAAUGCGAUACAGGGAACCAUUACCAUCCGGAUCCCAAUAACAAAUCUUGUUACUAUGAUCUCACUAUAGACUAUCAAUUUACUUUUAAUCUAUCCAAAAAGGAAGACAGGCACUACACGCAAAUAAAUUUUCGAAAUUCCCCUAUAAAACCCGAUAUAGACGCAGAUUUUCUAAUAACUUGUUCCGUUAUGGCUAAGAUGAACAUAACGGUUCGAACUGAAAAUUCAGAAGAAAAGCCAAUUUUCGAAAAUUACAAUUGUACGACGUUCAGAUCGAAAUUUUCCAAAUCCCUAUAUAAAUUCGGAGUAGAGGAAAACGUUACUCUCACUACUUUCUACGUUUACGUGUACGAUUUCCAGACACCGUUGUGGAUACAAAUAUCGUUCAGUCAGUACCCCAAAUUGAACCUCCAACAAUUUUUCAUCACGUUUUCAUCUUGUUUUUUGUUGCUGUUAUUGGCGGCGGCCAUUUUAUGGAAAAUAAAGCAGCGUUACGACAUGUACCGACGUCGACAACGUCUCUUCGUCGAGAUGGAACAGAUGGCGUCUCGUCCUUUUUCGCAGGUUUUAGUUGAAUUAGAAAUCAAAGAGACUUUAGACUUUAAACGUAACGAAAAACAGAAGAAAACCGACGCCCCCAGUCCCAUAGCUUUGGAACCUUGUUACGGGAAUAGAGCAGCGGUCCUCAGCCUCUUGGUCAGAUUACCCACAGGGGGUGAGCCGCACACCGUUAAGGGUCAGUCGGCUGGUCUGGCGAUUGCCAGCGCCCUCGUCACGUUAGGUAACCCCCGUAAGAUAAGCAUAGACCAAAUGAAGACCGAUACUAAAGGAGGAAAAAUAAGAAAAUCGCAGAGUCAGCAUCCCGACAGUUGUCUAUAAAUAAUCAUCAUUAAUCGCAUUUAUGUUUUUUUUUUUACUUAAUUAUUGGGCAUUUAGAUGAGAUUUUCUGUGAUUUACAUAAUUUCCAUGCUCCUCGAUGACUUCGGUUGCUUUUUACAUUCCUUGAAUAUAAAUAAAUCAUUUCGAAGCAA